AUGAUGAACGCUUUCCUGGAUGGCGUCUCCUCGCACCCACACCACCUGGCCAAUCUGGGCAUCAAGCUGUCGCCUAGCGGUGGCGGUGCCACGGCUGGCUCCACCGACACCGGUACAGGUGUGCAACCGGCACCAGGUGAAGCUCCGUCUCAACAGCAUCAUCACUUUCACCCCCAAGGCUAUCCUCCUCAUCAUCCCCAUCCGGCGUCGCACAUGGCGCCGCACAUGGGCCACCACAUGAGCCAUCAUCCUGGCUACGCGGCCCGCGAUUUUCUACUCCGUCGCGAGCACGAGUUCAACGCGACCGCGAACCCGACCACUCCGGAAAGUGGCCUGGGACUGUUCACGCCGUUGCACCACGACGGCACCGCCGCGACCAUGCAGCAGUUUCCUCAUCAUCCGAGCCAACAUCCUCUGGCAGCCAGCCACUACCCCGGACACUAUCCCCAGGACUCGAGGCUACCUCCUCAUCAUCAGUACUUAGGCGCUCCUCAUUUAACGCCGGCGUCGAUCCAUCAUCAGCAACAUCCAGCCGUCAGCCAUCCUAGCCAUCAUCCGCAUGGCGCCUUCUUGAGGUAUAUGAGGAGUAACGGAAGCGGCGGUGGCGGGACCAGUGGCGUUGCCGGCGGCCAACGGCAAGAAAUGUCCUGCAUGUGGGUAGACCAGGACGCGCCCGGACCCGGAAGGAAGCUAUGCGGCAAACUCUUUAACUCCCUCCACGAUAUCGUGACGCACCUCACGGUGGAGCACGUGGGCGGUCCCGAGUGCACCACGCACGCGUGCUUCUGGCAGGGAUGUUCGCGUAACGGCAGGGCCUUCAAGGCCAAGUACAAGCUCGUCAAUCACAUAAGGGUGCACACCGGCGAGAAACCCUUCCCCUGCCCGUUCCCCGGCUGCGGCAAAGUCUUCGCCAGGUCCGAAAAUCUCAAGAUCCACAAGAGGACGCAUACCGGCGAGAAACCGUUCAAGUGCGAGUACUCAGGCUGCGAGAGGCGGUUCGCGAACAGCAGCGACCGCAAGAAGCACAGUCACGUCCACACGUCCGACAAGCCGUACAAUUGUCGAGUUUCCGGCUGCGACAAGUCCUAUACCCAUCCUAGCUCGUUGCGCAAGCAUAUGAAGGUGCACGGCAUGACCCUGGGCGAGGGCAAGAUAGGAGGGGGCUACGAGAGCGAGGGUGAAGAGAGCAGCAGCAGCGGGGGUAGCUUGUCCGUGACCGGGCACACCGAGUCUCCUCAGCCGCCUCCGGUCGUCCCGACAACGACCACGACCAACCCACCGUCGAGUCAUCCUUCGACCAGAGGCCCAGAGUUGACGGAGUGGUACGUCUGUCAGCCGCCAACGGUGGGUCCUCAGCACAGCCCGUUGCCGGGACCUCCGCCGCCCCAUCACCUUGGCCCGCACCACUUCAACCCGUUGAUGCAUCACCAAGCGACUGCCUACUAG